GCGUGGUGUACCAUUACAACGAAGAGGGCAUCCACAGAGCUCAGACCGGAUGGGAGCAGUGCAUUAGUAUCCCGCUGGUACAGCCAGACAUGUUUUGGCUUCUUCAGCAGUGGGAUACGCUCCUAGAGGAAUUUUCUGUGGGAGAGGCCUGGCUUCCUCACAGGUACGAAGAGCACGGCCACAACUGCUACGCGUACGCACUGGCAUUCAUUAACAGCCUACUGACCGCACAGGGAAAACGGGAAAUGAGUAAAAGUGAAUUUACAGAGAAAUUCGUGAUCCCACAGACAAAGAAAGCUUCCAGAUACAUCACACUGCAUCAGGAGCUAACAGCUAAGGAGUUCUACAUUGUACCCCUUCCCGAUGCAGAAAAACAGUGCUGA